CCACAACUCGGUGAUUCUAUCUAGACACAGCUGCAUAGCACGAGACACAAAAAUUUUCAGAGUUUCCAAUCGGUAUAAAAGACGUUAUGGCCAUUCCAAUAGGCAUCAGUUCAGUUUGGUUCUUUGCAAAAUAGUGUCUCAGUCUCAGAGCACAGUACGAGCCGAAAGAUUAGUUCAUUCUAGAAGCGUGUUUAAGUUAUUUUAGUUACCAUAAUCACCAUGAAGUGUUUCGUUGCCAUUGUCCUGCUUGCGGUUGCCGUUAGUGCAUCGCCCAUCGAAUACGGACACUACGGUGGUCAUGCUCUGCUGCACGCGGCUCCAGUCCUACACGCUGCUCCCGUUGUGAAACACGUUGUUGCCGAGCCAGUUGCCUACCCGAAAUAUUCGUUCAACUAUGGCAUCAAGGACCCGCACACCGGUGACAUCAAGUCCCAGGCCGAGGAACGCGACGGCGAUGUUGUCAAGGGACAAUACUCGCUGGUCGAACCUGACGGUUCCGUGCGCACUGUCGACUACACCGCCGAUGACCACAACGGAUUCAACGCCGUCGUGCACAAGUCCGCCCCAGCUGUCCACAAGGUUGUAGCCCCGGUUGCCUACCACGCUCCGGCUCCACUACUCAGCCACUACGUCCACUAAGUUCAGCAAAGCCAACUAUCAGAGGGCAACGCGCCGAGUUUGGCCCCCGCAGCACUUCGGAGUCCUACGAAGCGCCCUCGCCGCUCAGUCACUCUCUCUGUCUCUCAAUCAUACAAACUCUCACAAACGUAAAUAAAAAGAAGAAGAAGAAGAUGAAGAAAAAAGCUUCACAAAGCCAACUGUCUACCCGCUAAGAAGCCUCUGACCUUCAGCCGCCAGGCCUCCGGGUCUCGAAGCGAAGCGAGGCGCCGCUACACAAGUAACUACUCACUCGUAUCUCGUUAAGCCAUAACGGAUCAUACGCGCACACCAGCACAAAGCCCGCUAUCAUCGAAUGUAAUCGUUUAUGUAAUUGUUAAGUUAUCAUCAUAACUAUUCGCGUCUCAAACUGAGCAAUGCUAUCUCUCGAACACACCUGCAAGCAAACGCGUUUCACGCUAAUCUGCUGGUAAGCGAAACCUCAUCACUUCAAUUUCCUCUUCCUUUUCACCUACUUUUUGCGUAACCUUCACCUUUCGCCGUACGGUAACGCGAUACGCGGCUACGCACACACUACUUUCACUACCUCUAUCUCUCUAUCUAUCUCCCGGCUAAACGAAAUUUGCCUAACGAAUGUAUCAAAACAUCAGCUGGCGCCCGGCGCCCCCCUCAGCUGCAAUGUUCAGUUCAACGGCCAGCAACAGCGUGCUCUAAAGCCUUAGCUCUCUUACUCAUGCAAAAAUCUCCUGAGUUACUUUAACUAUCAGCCACACCAGCAGUACCACCCUGAGUGUCUCCAGAGAGAAGAAGAAAAAAAGUUGCGCUACAUUCUCGCGUGAGGCUGGAGCGAGAAAUGUCACAUUGCGCUGCACGCUGCUGCCAUCGUACGGAACGGAAGAGAAACAGCCGAUGUUGAAAUAGUGCCAAAUAGCCAAACCAUGACAAAACCGCGAAACGCGACAGCAAGUCAAACAUUACACCGGCUCUCCUGCGGCGGGUGAGGACUUAUUUUCAAGUCCUCCUCUCAAGAACAUCUGCACCGCUUCAUUGACCCCAUCAUCCAAGCCGAGAGAUUAUCGAGCAUUGAUGUUUGAGUGCUAGCAAAUGACCCCUCGAAUGUGAUAAUUGUUACCUUUUAUUACCUCUUUACUGCUACACUACUUACUUUCACACUGAUCUGCUAUCGUUACUAUCUGAACUGAACUGUAACUUUUCUUCAACUGUUACCUCUUUAUAAUUUACUCUCCUCUGUUUCGAAAGUGUAUAAACCCCAAAAACGAAAGAAAGACCUAACUGAAGAAGCUAGGAAUCUAUCUCCCUCUUAGUCAUCCGCUUUAUACAAACUACAAAAAAAAAAACAAACAUCGAAACGAGAAUUGUUUUAUAUAUUAAAAAAUAUGUAUUUUUAUAAAUAUAUGAAAAAUUGCUUCAGCCGAAUCGCUAAGCUAAAAACGAAACGGAAAGGCAGAAACAAAAAAAUAUCAAACUGUAAAUACAGAAAUACAAAAUACUAUAAAAAAAUCAA